CCGAGCCCGGCGGCAAAGGCCGCGGGAGAGGCCGCCCCGCCCCCGCAACGCGCUUUAAGAGCCCCGGCGCGGCCGGAACCGCGGCUGCGGACGGGCGGGACGUGAAAAGGUCAAUAUUGGACAGAGAGGCACACAAAACCGGUGUUGCAUAAAAGUUGGUGAUAACCAACAGAGAAGCAGUUGUAUCACUUGCCUCCUGAUAGCCUCUUGCAACAAGAGUGCUCUGCUUUGCCGUCUUCCAUUAGGUCUGCACAAGUGAAAAGUGCUGAAGGAGUGUGAUAAAUUGAACCUGUGCAGUCAUACUGUUGAAGAAAGACAAGACAAUUUGAACCAUGGCAAGCCAGGCGUUUUCCCCAGAGGCUGCUUUCCCUCAUGGGAGGCGGAGGGAGAAAUGGGACCCCAGGCUUCUUUCAAGGGCAAGGACUUGAUGGCAAAAAAAAGAGAAUGUCUCCAGGCCUACAGCUGGUGGAGAACACCACAGAAGAAGCGGAAGAAAAAGAACAAAAUAAAACCGGGAAGAAUAGAGUUUGUCCCUAGUAGUACUAACACAACCAGACCGGAUUAUUCAAUAUUUGUUGGGGAGCUGACUCCAGAAGUAGAUGAUUUUCAGCUCUAUGACUAUUUCCUAAAGAGGUAUCCCUCAUGUAUUGACUGCAAAAUAGCAACAGACCUGCUGGGAUAUUCCAGAGGGUAUGCCUUUGUCAGAUUUGGUGAGCAAGGUGAUCAGAUGAGGGCACUGCAAGACUGCCAGAAUGCACCAGGUCUGGGGGGAAAACGAAUCCGGCUGAGCAUAGGAAUUUCUAAAAGACUGAAAGCAGAAUUCCAGCGGUACCAGUCAUACAACUAUAAUGAUUAUUACCAAGAUUAUCAGAACUACUAUUCACAGUGGAAUUACGAUCCCUACGCUGACUACAACUACAGCUCCUAUACUCCCUAUGAUAGCAUGCAAGCUGUUGGAGACUGCUCUUUAGGAGAUGCUGUUAUGGCUCCAGCUGUUUUUGAGGAAGCUUCAGCUAUGACUGAAAUCAAUGAUGACCUAAUAACUGAAGAUCCACAGCUGUACUUGGAUGUUGAUGAAAUGAACAGACAAUUUAUGGAGACAAGUGAAGAACUCUAUGAUGCCCUCAUGAAUUGUCACUGGCAACCUCUGGAUACGGUCACUUCUGACAUCCCCUCUGCUAUUUAAGUGUCUUAUAUAGCAUGACCGUUAUAACCAAGGGAUGCUCUUGGACCAACAGCUUCUUUCUAGCGCUACCUCAAAGUAACUUGCAGAUAUAACUCACAGGGAAGAUUGAUCAAAUGGUGAUGAUCACUAUCAUUCUGCUGGAGAUAUCUAUAUAUAUAUAUAUAUUUGCCUUUUGUCUCGUUUUUAAUGACAUUUAUUUAACUUCAUUGACUCAUGUCAAUAGAUGUUUGACUACAUCAACAAGUAUUUGAGUUUCUUUCAAGGUAUGUCACCAUAUGGAAAUUGUUCUAAAUAAGUAAAUAAAGUAGCACUUGACUUUACAGAGCAAA